UGUGAUAAACUUAUUAAAUAGACGAGCAAUGGGAGGGGAGCAGAGUACAAGCGGAAAAGUGGUUGGAUAUCAUGUUCUUCGUGUACAACAGAACUCUCCUGCAUCUAAAGCUGGACUUGAGGCAUUUUUUGAUUUUAUUGUAACUAUUGGCAAUAGCAGAUUGAAUCGCGACAAUGAAAACCUGAAAGAGAUUUUAAGAAAUCAUGCUGAGCAUCCCGUUACAAUGGGCGUUUACAGUAGCAAGACUCAGGACUUGCGAGAAAUAACAAUUACCCCUAGCGCACUUUGGGGUGGUCAAGGAUUACUGGGAGUCAGUAUUAGAUUCUGUUCCUUUGAAAAUGCAAAUGAAAACGUGUGGCACGUUGUAGAUUUGAAGCUGAAUUCUCCUGCUCAAUUAGCUGGACUUCAAUCCGACACGGAUUAUAUAAUUGGAUCUGACACUUUGCUUCAUGAACCGGAUGACAUGUAUACGCUGAUUGAAUCGAGCGACAGAAAACCACUAAAUUUCUUUGUUUAUAACUCAGAUGCUGACGCGUGUCGAGAAAUAACCAUCACCCCAAACAGUGCUUGGGGUGGGGAAGGAAUGCUUGGAUGUGGUCUAGCUCAUGGAUAUUUACAUCGCAUACCUCUGAAUCGCCAGUUUCCGAAAAGUGUCCAAAUUGCAGACGGCCAGGAAAACGUGCAAAAUGGGUCAGAAGCUUAUCCUGAAGCAGGGUCUCUGGUUCCACCUCAGCCUCAGAAAGAUCAAAACAACGCCACUAUAGAAAUGAACGGAUAUCAAAAUGUGCCUCUGACCGAUGGUGCUCCUCAACCUCCUCUGUUUUCGCAAUUGCCCUCGAUACCUCCAUUCCCGGCCCCGCCCUCAAUUAACCCAGACCUUCUGACCGGAUUUCCAAACAUGCCUCCAGUAUCUCAACCCGCAGCAACUGAACAACAAGCAGUGUCCUCCACUCCUAAAACAGAUCAAACUUCAGCGUCUGCCUACCAAUCACAAGCACCGGUGAGUUACACUCCUACGUCAGCGCAACAAUACCAACAGCAGCCAACCAGUAUGACGAAUACUCCUCCAAAACCGGAAUCGGUAACACCUUCGGCGCCUAUGAUGCCUCCGACCAUUGACUUCUCAAAACUACCGCCUCUGAAUUUUCCACCAGGAAUGAAUCCGCCGCCGAUGUUUUCGAUGAACAACCCGAACAUUCCCCAUCUGAUGACUACGAUGCAGGCCAAUUCGAACCAGUCGGGCAUGAUGAAACCACCUCCAAUGCCUAACUUCAUGACAGCUCCUCCAAUGCCUGGAUUCCCACCAGUCAGUAUCCCGGGAGCCUCGUCUGAUCAACAUAUGCAGCAGCCUCAAUACUACAUGGGUGCUCCGCCAAUGAGUGGUAUUUUUGCACCCAUCCCUCCACCUUCAAUGUCAUCCUCGUCGUCUGGGGGAGGAGUAUCAUCCACUCGUCCUCAACCCCCGCCAAUGGCAUCAGAGUUCACACAGCAAUACGCAACAGCAAAAUGAAGAUUGAAGUUAUUUGCGAGUUAUGAAACAGACUGCGAUAUUUAAAACUAGUUUUCAGGUCGAAGACGUUAUAUUAAAGUGGGGAGUUGAUAGUUUGGUUUUCGAGUUAUUGCAAAUUGCUCGUGGUCAGGUAAAGUUGAACGUUUUGAUUAGUUCGCUGUUAUAUUGGUUCGGAAAACGAAGCUCAAGACGUGCGCUUGAAAAUAUAAGUUUUGCAUUUAAAACGACCUGAGCUAAAAUGCAACUUUUAUGAUGAUGUGAAGUGUACGGUAAUAAAUUAACCCUCAAAUUAAUUUAAAAGUAUGUACAGCUUCAUAGAUCAUUUCAAUUAAUAUGACGCAAUUUGUGCAGUUCCUUAUUUUGGUCAAUUAAGCUGCGAAGAACAAAAUCAUCAUUGAACGUAUUAAAGGAAGUUAUUUGGCUAUUUCGCAUAUCUCCAAUCAUUUAAAUGUUAAUAUGGUGUAAAAUACUAUAUAGUUCAAAAUCGUGCUGUUUCAAAAUGCAUUUUAAUUGUAAAAUAAAUCUUAUAUUGUCAUUGAUAUGCAGUUGUUGUCCUCUUUGGAGUGUGGGAAUUAACGAUUGUUGUUG